AUGUCCCUGCCUCUCCUGUGCCUGAUCCUCCAUAUCAUUCCCAUUACAGCCCUCCUAGAAGAAAGACAAACAACCAUAACAGCAUCCACACUCACAAUCGCCGGCCCCACCGUCACAACCUACAUCGCAUCACCCACCACCCCUCCCUCUCCCCAAUACACAGAAGACCUCACCCUCCGCACCUCAGUCCUCAACAGCACAAACCUCUUCCGCUUCCAACACAACGCAACCUACCUCUCCUGGAACGAGUCCCUCGCAACCUACGCCGCAAACUACUCCUCCCAAUGCAUCUGGGCACACUCCUACGGCCCCCAUGGCUACGGUGAGAACCUUGCGCGCGGCUACCCAGACGUAACAUCCGCCAUUGACGCCUGGGGCUACGAGCGCGAUCUAUACACCUUCUCUCCUCUCAACCAGCUAACAGGUUUUACCGAGGCAACGGGCCAUUUCACGCAGCUGGUGUGGAAACAUACGCAGACGGUGGGCUGUGCGGCGUACCCGUGUAACGGGAUGAAUGAUGUUGGUGGGUACAUGCUUGUGUGCGAGUAUUGGCCGCCGGGGAAUGUGGAGGGAACCGGGAGCGAUCGGAAUAUCUUCUUUGAGAGUCAGGUGCAGAGUCAGGUUUAUCAGGAUGUUGGGACGGGGAGUACUACGUCGUACGAUAUUUUGAGUGCGACGUUGGGGGCGACGGGUGUUGGGACGAGUUGGGCGACGGGGACGCUGGUUGCUACGACUGGCGGAAGUGGGAGUGGGAGUGGGGUUACGAGUGCUGGAGUUGUGUCGAAGAUUGAAGAGGAAUGUUUGCAAAGUAAUCUAUUGUUCUAUUGA